AUGGCCGGAAUUGCCAUGCCACGACACAGGGCAACACAGUCGCAGUCUGGUAUCGGCUCACCGCUCUACCAGCGUCGACAACACUCCAAUGCCGGUCCCAUCGAGCUCAUCCCCAACCCCGAAUUCUCUUUCCCCAUGCGAGGACCAGACACCGCCUCUUCAGAGCCAGCGUCGACGACAUCGCGCCCAAUGUCGCUGCAAGCCUAUCCAGCAGGCCGCCGAGGCUCCAUGCCGCACCACAGGCAGAAGUCGAUCAAUGCUUUGCCCGACUUCUCCUUCAAUCCUGCCGGACCAGCCAAACCAGCCGCCGAAUCGUCACCACCACAGUCACCAGCGACGCUACCUGUGCCUGUAUCUCCCUCAAAGCCGACACAUGGCCACAGGAGGGGUGGAAGCGAGUUCAUUGGUGGUGAUGUGCGACCCGGUGGUACUGCAUUAAUGAGCAGCAGUCCGACAAAGGGAGAGGACGCUCUUCCUGUACCAAGCUCGACACUACGCCCUGGCCCUCCAGCCGGUCGUCGGGGACACGCUCACCGUCGCUCAGGCGCCAUCUCUUCUCACGACCUGACUUCGAUCAUGAACCCGCCUGUUCCAGCACGAACUGGCAGUGCGCCCAACACACCCUCAGAGGGCAACCAGUUCGCUUUCGGCCACAAGUUCAACAGAUCUGUCUCACAACCAUCACUACGCGAAAACAGCACAGAAGAUGACUCGAGUGCGCGACCACCCUCAAGGGCUCGAGUUACGUUCUCCGAUAGAAUCGAGACCAUCCGCCCCCUCUCAACCAUCUCUUCUGAGACUGAAAUAUCUACUCUUAGAGGACACUCGGCCGCAAACAGCCUCUCCUCCAUUGUUAGCGGUAACAGUCCAGCGCCCAUUCGACCUGGACGUCCUACGCCACUUAACACUAUUGGGGACGAGGACCGACCAAGCACAGCCGGGAAGGUGCUGGAUCAGUUCAUGGGCACCCGUCUCAACGGCGAAGUCCAGGAACGCAAGCGGCCUAUGUCUGCCAUCUCACCCAUCUCGCCAACUGCGCCCAUUCCGAAAGUGCAGGCCAAGCGACGGAGUCUCUUCCAAAAGGAUCCUCGUCGCAGCGAUAGUUCAGUUCCCACUCUUCCCACCAGCGCUUCCGAUCCUGCACUCUCCAGAUCCUUCGACACACCCCUUGCAUCACCCGCCAAGGACGACCAGUCAGUGGAAAUUGCCGAGAAGCCGAAAGCAGCUUCGCGCAAGAGUGGUCGCAAGCCUCGAAAGGUCAAAUCAUGGGCGAACUCGAUUAUCACUAGAAAGGGAAAGCACAGCAAAAAGUCCAAGGGAAGGUCUCCUACACCACCACCAAACGUGGUCAUGGAUUCUGAAGACUCGGAUGAAUCAGAGGAGAUGGAAUUUGAGCCCAACUUUGACGAGGACACCACCGUCACCAUCGUCUCCCCGACCGAGAAUCCAGUUUCGCUGCCGAAGAUCGACACCAACUAUGCCUCUUGGCAACCACGUGAAUUGAAGCGUGUAGAUUCUGACAUUAUGAGCCCAGUGAUCGAUCUUGAUGCUGCACUUGGACCGUUUAACACCCCCAACGGUACCAGCCCUCGCAACCACCAGCGUGGUUUCUCCGCGCACAGACGGGCCAUGCACAGUGCUGGUGGUGUUGCACCCUCGCACCGUAGGACCGAGAGCGCGCCUGAAUUAGUGCCAUUCGAACAUCGACCAUCAGCGAUUGCGAACGCUUCCCCCAUGGCCGACGUGUUCGAAGAGGAGGAACCAGAAGACGACGGUCUCACUCUUGCUGUUCCAGCAAAGAGUGCGAUGACAGAGCCUGCUGCUGAAGACGCUGAGGAGCCGAAGAUAUCGGUCGUUGAAACAACAGAUGCGAAGCAGGUAGGAACUGCUAUCAACUGGAACUUCAACGAUGGCCUUGGCAUCAAGCGUACUGCGAAGCAAAACGAAGUUGAUUCAUCAGAGCCAUUGUCUCCCCGAGCAGUUCCGCCUGUUGAGUCGAGCGAUGACCCAUCCCAGCAAACACAGACGUCAGAACCUGUCGAGGUUGUGGAAGAUCACGAGGAGCCCCGAACAUCAUCACUCACACAUUCUUCCGAUUCUACCGUUACCGCUCAGCCGAUUGAAGAUUCGCCGAAGCAUCAUCAGCCUGUCAUGAAUUUGUCCCUUCCACUAGGCCAACAGAGUCUCAUGACACCUGACACCGUCACUUCUUCGUUUUCAUCACCAGAUUGCCGAUCCAGUCAGAUCUCAUUCGAUACUGGCCGUGGAGGCACCGCGGCUUCGUCAGUGACGGAUUACCCUGUGAUGCCUUCUCCCCGCUUCGGCGAGCCUGGACCUGAAGUUCGCAUCUCUACAGAGGUUCCGUCUCUGACUUCAUCUAGGUCGACGAUGACCAGUGCAAUGCAGAACGCUUUUCCGCUUCCUAGUCCUCGUCGGUUUGGUGAACGCACAUCGUCUUUGUCUUCUGAUCCUAGUGAGAUGGAAUCACGUCGUCGCAAGCGCUCCAGUAUUGCUAGCCUGUCAAGGCUAAUGGGAACUUCGUCGUCUUCCUUCAGUGAACGCAGUAAGCUUUCUAUCGAGCAGCGUCCACAAUCAGAACACCGCGAGCCGACCAAGGACAAAAAGAAGAAGAACAUUGGAAGCAGACUGAAGAAGUUCUUCCAGCACACCAGAGACUCUUCCCCAUCGAAGACCUGA